UCACUGAGACAAAUCUUGGGUAAAAAUAUAUAAAAAACAGUUGUUAUUCAUAUAAAAUCAAAUUUUUAAUAAAGUUAGGCUGAGUGGUGGAGGCGGUGGUGCUGAUUCAGAGAGUGGGGCAUUGGUAGAAGAGAGAGAGAGAGGGUAAAUAAAGGGGACAGAACAUUCUGAGGGUUUCAGAUUUGCACUAAGUUGAGAAAGGAGAUAGAAGAAAACAGCUCAUCUUCUUUGAUCCUCUCUGUUUUUCUUUUUUUAAACUUUUUAGGGUUUCUUACCUUUUUUUUUGUUGGAUUGCUGUUUUGUGUUUUGUCGGAUCUCUCUUGGAUUAGAGUUCUCUGCUUAAAACUAGCAGCCCACACUUUUUCCCCAGUGUCUUUGUGUUUUUUUUUUCACUCCAUAAUUACAAAGAAGGCUUCUCUUUCCACCAAAGAUUCAGCUUAAGACAAAGAGAGAGCACAACAAUCUUCUGAAACCUCUUUCUGGUUAGAGGAAAAAUGAAGUUUAUGAAACUUGGAUCCAAACCUGAUUCAUUUCAGUCUGAAGAAGAUUGCAUAAGGUAUGUAGCAUCCGACUUAGCCACCGAUGUAGUUGUAAACGUUGGAGACGUGAAGUUCUAUCUUCAUAAGUUUCCUCUUCUGUCCAAAAGCGCACGUCUUCAAAAAUUAAUAGCCGCAACGAUCAACGAACAACAACAACCAGACGACGAAAUAAGCAUUCCCGACAUCCCUGGAGGACCUCAAGCGUUCGAGAUAUGCGCCAAGUUCUGCUACGGCAUGACCGUGACCCUCAACGCCUACAACGUCGUAGCCGCGCGUUGCGCGGCCGAGUACCUCGAGAUGUACGAGUCGGUCGAAACCGGGAACCUCGUUUACAAGAUCGAGGUGUUCUUGAACUCGAGCGUUUUGAGAAGCUGGAAAGACUCCAUCAUCGUUCUCCAGACGACGAGAUCGUUUCAUCCGUGGUCUGGAGAUGCGAAGAUCGAUGCAAGGUGUUUGGAGUCUAUCGCUUCGAAAGCCGCGGUGGAUCCAGCGAGGGUAGAUUGGUCUUAUACGUAUAACAGAAGAAAGCUUAACAAUGGCGUGGUGCCUAUAGAUUGGUGGGUGGACGAUCUAACCGAGCUUAGUAUAGAUUUAUACAAGAGAGUUGUUUCGAGUAUAAGAAGAAAAGGUGGUGUUUCACCUGAGGUUAUAGGAGACGCUCUUGAGGUAUAUGCAGCGAGGAGAAUCCAAACGGAUGAUCACUGUCAUGAUGUGGAGGAACAGAGAUGUUUGUUGGAAACAUUGAUCUCGUUGCUGCCUGGUGAGAAACAGAGCGUUUCUUGUGGGAUCUUGAUCAAGCUGUUGAAGUCAUCUGUUUCUCUGGAGUGUGGAGAAGACGUGAGGAAGGAGUUGAGUAAGAGAAUAGGAGAGAAGCUAGAGGAAGCCAAUGUGGAUGAUCUCUUGAUUAGAGCUUCCGAUGGAUGUGAAACAGUCUAUGACGUUGACAUCGUCGAGACCUUAAUCGAUGAGUUUAUUACGCAGUCGGAGAAAAGAGACGAGGUUGGUUGUUCAGACAGCUCGAAAGCAGUUGUGGCAAAGCUAAUCGAUGGAUACUUGGCUGAAAUAGCGAGAAUCGAACCGAAUCUCUCUCCUUUAAAGUUCAUUGCAAUUGCCGAAAAGGUUUCGAGUUUCCCGAGAUCGUCACACGAUGGAGUUUAUCGUGCCAUUGACAUGUUCUUGAAGGAACAUCCAGGAGUAACAAAGAGCGAGAAGAAGUCUAUAUGCAGAUUAAUGGACUGCCGGAAACUAUCACCGGAGGCAUGCGCUCACGCCGUGCAAAACGAACGGUUACCUUUACGUGUCGUUGUGCAGAUCCUCUUCUUCGAGCAGGUGCGAGCUACAGCGAAACCUUCUCUUCCACCUAGCGGCUCUCACGGGAGCUCGAGGACGACGACGGAAGAAGAGUGUGACUCAGUCACGGCCACGGAGGAGACAAGGACGACGAGAGACAAGACAAAUGGUUCUGAGAAGACCAAGGCUAAAGGAGUUGUGAUGUCUCGGAUUUUCUCGAAGCUUUGGACUGGUAAAGACAGAGAUGGUGUCGGAGAUGUUAGCAGCUCAGAUACGUCUGAAAGUCCUGGCUCAGCUACCACCAUCGAUGAUAAAUCAACGCCGUCGACUCGCCGGAGAAGAUCAUCGUCUUGACUUUAGUCUUUUUUUGGUUUUCUUAAUUAGGCUUCCUAUUAAGCUAACUUGUUUUAGAUCAAAAUGGGCUUGGUUUAAAAUCACGGCCCAUUAAUAAUUAUAAGCCCAUCUAUUAAGGAUGAUAAUUCGGGAAAUCU